AACAGGCCACGUUAAGGUACAACAACUCGUUCGACUAUCACAUCAAUCGAUCUUCCUUGUUUAAUGUCUUUAUUUUAACAAUCGAUGAAACGAUUGGUAUCAAUAAUGAAAUUUUGGAAUUAUCACAGCCAAGUUUGUGUAAAAAUGAUGAAUAUUUUGAUACAAAAUAUUUUUCUUGUCGCAAAUGUAAUAUCUUCGACUUUCUUGAACCCAGCACUGAUCAUUUACGAUGUGUUUGUAAUAAAUUUAGUAAAACAAUUGGUUUUAAAAAUGGUAAUCCCAUUUGUAGAAAAUGUGAUUAUAAUCAAACUGUAACUACUGAUGGCAAGGACUGUAUUGUUUGCAAAAAUAACAUCUGCAAAUGUUCAUCUAAUGAAAUACUAAUGGAAAGAAACUGGAAUGGUACAUUAUUAAGUAGUAUAGAAUGUCUUCCGUGUCCAAAAGACACAUAUCCAUCCAAAGAAAACUCUAAAUGUUUGCCAUGUAAUAACUUGGAUAAUAGAAAUCAAAGAAACUGUAUCUGUCCAAUGGCAUCACAUGUUAGAAUACAAGGAUACUGUUUAAACAAAGACAAUCUUUCAGAUUGGCCAGAUGUUAAAAGUACUUAUACAAUAAAGUUUCAAAGUGAGAAUAUAGAUAGUUAUUAUCUUAGAACCAAAUUACAAGCAGCAAUGUACUUCUGUAAAAAUAAAGACAAGAUGUCUUGCGAACAUUUAUCACACAUAUGUGUUUUAUCUCUAUAUGUGAACAGCAUACAAUGUGCAUUAUUUAUGCAAACACAUAUGGCACCGGUGAAACUAUUUUACAAUAAAGAUGAAACAUCAUUGAUAUUAAAUGCCAAAAAUAUCACACAAAUAUAUAGUCUGGGAAAGGAUGAUGAUAAUAAUACAUUGAAUUUUACAAUGGCAACAUUUUCUUUAGAAGGCAAAUUACUUGAAAUAGAUAGUCCAAACAUGCCUUGUCAUUUCCUUACAAAUGUUAGGUUUGGAGUUAAUCUUAAUAAAAAAUGUAUAAUCACUGUAAAGGAUCUGCUAAAUAUGGAAGUAAAAUUUACACAACUAUAUUUAACAUUCAAAGAGGAAGAAAAAGUUCUUUCACAUGCAGUACCUAUUUAUAUAAAAAAAGAAUAUGAGAAUGAUUAUGAUAUCUUGGAGACCCAACUUGUUAGGAAAUUUUUUUUUGUGGACAAUAUAAGUGGUAUUAAAGCAUUGCCAAAUUUUGUAACUGGUACAUUUCUAAAGAAAUCGAACUUGUCAGUACUUCGCUAUAUGAAAUCAUUUACUAUCUUAGUAAAUAUUUGUGGUAAAGCUCGUGGAAAAAUUUAUCCACCCAUAGUAAUUAUAGAAUAUGGAGAAUUAAUGGAGCACCAAAUUUCUAGAAAUGUAGAAGUUACAAUAGAUUAUAAAGUAACAUUUGCUUUAAAGGAAAAUCAUAUAAAUUCUAAUACCCAGAUAUUUAUUGGUAUUUUAUCAAGCAUAGCAAUUAUCAAUUCAGCAUUGAGAACUUGGACAUACUGUAAAAAAAAUUAUGGUUGUACUCCUAAUGCAACUGUUUCAUUGUGGUUCUUUAUAUAUGUGAUGGGUGCUAUAGGAAACACUCUUAUUAUUGCAUCAAUUAGUGUAUGCAUAUAUUUAUUUAUAUUUUUUAAAGGACAAACGAUCCCAUAUACUUUACUCCCAACUAUAUCUGAUGAAAAAAAUAUACAGAUUUUCACUAUAAUUGGAUUUUGUCUAAAAAUUGUAGAAAUUAUGGGAUUUAUUUAUCAACAUUGGGACAUACAUAUCUUUUUCAUCGAUUGGGAACAGCCAAAAAUAACACGUAAUCCAUCAAAGUACGAUUCUCCUUAUACUUCAUUUCGAAAAUUGUACACUAACAUAUUAAAUGACGGUAAUGACGAGAAUCCAAAAGCUCCAUCUGAAAUUAUUGCAGCUAAAAGGAAUAAAACGUUUAAAAGAACGAGCAAAAAAGAUACACAUAGCCAAAUUUUCAAACCUGUAGAACAAGAAGAACUCCAAGUAACAUAUUCUAUAUCAAAAUCUUCAAUGCAAGAACAAAGUAAUACUCAGCUAUCAGUUAGUAUAUGGAGAGCAUAUCUUGUUGCUAAUGAAUGGUUAAAAUUACUAACAAAACGGAAGAUAAAUAUAUCAUUACAAAUAAUUAGUACUUUGAUUGUUUUAGAGGUUAUAGGUGUAAAAUAUUGGAGCUUAGCUAUACCAGAAAUAACGAUUACUAAACACCCUGAUGUGAAAAUGAAUUUUUCAUUGCAGUAUGCUGUUUGUGCUAUAGUCUACAUUACAAUUUAUUUUAUUCAAUACUUAACAUCCAUUAUAUUUUAUGAAAGAUUUAUAAAAGAUCAAAUGCAGCAAUUUGUUGAUUUAUGUUCAAUUGCUAAUAUCAGUGUAUUUAUCUUAGAAUAUAAUUAUUAUGGAUUUUAUAUCCAUGGAAGAUCAGUCCAUGGAUUUUCUGAUACAGAUUUAUUUACUUUAAUAAACAAUUUAAAGAAUGAAGAGAAUCAAUUAUGUGCACAUAGAGGUCUUGUUCCUGGUACAAUAGAACAAAACUUUAUAGUAUCAGUUACAGAAACGUUCAGAACAUUCUAUGAAAAAUUUUACACUGAAAAGAAUUUUGUGAAUUCUUCACAAUCAUCAAUACCUAUAACCAAUAGAUUUUUAAAGAAGAAUAUUUAUACUUCCAUGGAUUGGAAUCACAUUUGUAAUACACGUGUAAAAUUGAACCAAUUUUUAUGUGAAUUUCUGGAUCAUUGCUUUAAAGAUGAAGAUUACAUUAUUAAAGAACAACACUUGAUUGAAAAACUUUGUGACAUUCUCUAUACAAACACUAACAAAACAUCUGUAUUCUAUAUUGAUAAUGAUUAUUCAUUUAGUCAAGUAAUACUUUAUGGAAAUGAAUGGUUGAUAGGUACAUUUGAAAUUACAAUAUUUCUUUUUGUCCUAACUUUAUAUGAUAACUAUAUAUUAGCUGCUGCUGUUACAUUUAUACUCUCGCAAUUAUUCAUUGUAAUUAUUAAAUACAGUGGAAGAAAAAAUUUAAGCAGUAAAACAUUAUUAGAUGAAAGAUUUUUAAUGUAAUAGAUUAUGAUAGAAAUAUAUGACUAUCA